UCGUAGAGCAUUAACGAGCAAGAGCACAAGUCGAACAGACAGCACAGAACGAAAGAAAUUAUUAAAUUUUUAUUCUACAAAAAAACAAAAUACACACACGAAGUGAAAAUGCCUUUUCUAACGCGUGAAUACAAUUUCCACGAGUCGGAGUUAGCCGCCGCUAAAGAUCAGCGCACCAUGGCAAUGCGCAGCGUCAAGAAGCUGUUGCGCCCACUAAUGCGCAUCAUCAAGAAGAAGCAGUUGUUGCAGAAAACACUCGCCGAAGUCAAGCAACAGAAUGACUACAAUUCCUCACUGGAAGAUAUGCGUAAAGACCCCGUUGCACUGAACGCCUACGAUGACAAUUUGGCCAAUGAAGCGUUGGAGCAACGGCUCUAUGAAGAAUUGCAACGCAGCACACCUGAGGCAGCGAUCAUCGUGCGUCAAGGCAGCAGUCAACAAGUCGUGCCCGUGCAACAGCAAAACUACAUACCGGUGCAUUUUGCGCGCACCGCCAACGGCACUUUCUUCUGGACCUCCAGCGACAUGCCGUCACAGCGCCAACAGGAGUUGCAUAUGCGCCAACAGCUCGAUCGCUGGGGUCAAGCGUAAGCAGCAGAGAUUACCCCCCAACCCGUCUACGGUAGCAGCUUUAAGUGCAACGGCCACUUUGCGGCAUAAGCGAAGCGGCACAUUUGCGCGUGUACCGCCGCCACGCAUGCGCGGUUUUGGCUUCCUAUUUUCCAAGCGUUCGUUUUUCGAAUUACGGAGUGACAAUUCAUUUAUUAGCGGUGAUAUUAGCUUUUAAUCGCAUGACUACAGUUUUGAGUUUUUUUUAUUUUAUUUAAUGCGUAAAAUAAUUGAUAUUCAAUUGAUUGUGAGGAACUCGAUUUCGGUAGCGGCAGUGACAAAUUUAUAUUUUUGUCUUAUUUGUGAUUUUAGUGUGUUUAAUUGUGUUAGUAAUUUGUAAUUUUAAAAUGAUUUAGGUUUAUAGCUUUAACAAUCAUAUGUCUUCCUAAAUUUAGUUGUCUUAGUAUUUAAGUAAGUGGUUUGCUUGAGUCUAGGUGAUAAGCGUUUUACACUCAUUGUCUUCCAUGUAAAACUUUGUAGGAAAAAAUAGUAAUAAUUUUAAGCGAAAAUAAACAAUUGUAAACAAAAAUGAAAUAAAAUAUAAACACUGAAAAAACGAAAAACAAUA